UUUGGCAUUGGUCUUUGAAUGCAAUCUACCUAUCUAAAUAUUGACAGGGUCAUUCUGUUUUGUUUCAAGGAAUACUUUUCUCUGGCUUUUAAAAUAGUGUUGCCAAACUUGAAAGCAGCUUUCUCUAUCCUGCUGCUCUUGUUAGCUGUCUGAGGGAUUAUGGAAGUGGAAUUUCAACACAUCUGGAGGCACCAGGUUGAGACAUCCUUGAGCAUUUGAGACGGAUGUGAGAGAAUUUCAGUCCUCACUGGAAAACAAGCCAACUAAACAUAACAGAUUACAUCAGCUCAGGCUUUUCAAUUCCUGGAUGGUAGCAGCGUGCUAAUCCAAACUUCAUCCUGGAUUUCGCAAAGUAAAACAAGGGAGGCUGGCAAGAGGACAGAUUGAGGAAACUGACGACGGCAGGCCUUGUGGGCAAGAGGCUGUAUAAAGCUCCAAAAUUUGUAAGCUGAUCUCCAGAACUUCCACAUUGAGUUCCUCACUCCUGCAUCCCUGAACAGAAGACAUCUGACUGAACUUUUGCAACCUGUCAUUGAGGGCGGUGGAAUUGGGCUUUCAUCCCACCAGGAGCCAUGGCCAGUUUUCUGGUGCUCACUCUACUUCUGGUACCCAUGAAUGUUAGAGCUACCUGGAGUGCCAACUAUGCAGUAGAUUGCCCGGAGUCCUGCAACAGCAGUGAAUGUAAAAAUCCGCAACAUUGCAAGCGCACUGUGUUGGAUGACUGUGGCUGUUGUAGGGUGUGUGCUGCAGCUCUGGGAGAAACUUGCUACCGGACAGUUGCAGGAAUGGAUGGUGUCAAAUGUGGGCCCGGACUGAAGUGCCAAUUCUUUUCUGAAGAAGAUGAUUUUGGAGAUGAGUUUGGUAUCUGCAAAGCAGAGAAUGACAUGGGAUCUGGCGAUGGUAAUUCCGUAGAAGAGGAUUUUGUGAAGGAAAAAGACAUUCACUCUCCAAUCAUGAAAUGGCUGAAUCCUCGCUGAUAUUAGCCUAUGUGGGUUAGAUUUCUAACCCAUGCUUUCUUCUAACAGUGAAUGUUCCACAAACCACUUUAAAACAGUAGAUCUCUUGCAGAGGAAAUUGUAAUUUUUUUUAAAAAGAAGAUCCAGUUUAUGUAUCUUUGGGAAAAGAUUGAAUUUCAGCAAGAAACUGUGUACAGUGUACAUGAUUUUUAGAAUAUCUUCUGAAUACUAAAUGUAUCAUGAAUUCUUGAAUGUAAAAUAUAGUUGGAACUUGCAUAUUGCUGCAGCUUACCUAUAUAUUGAAAAAUAUAUAUCUCUUAUUUUUUAACAUUCUCAAUUCUAUACAUCCUGCACAAAAUAUUUAUUCAUCAAAGAACUGAAAAUGUAUGGGGGAUAAAAAUUAGUAUAUAAAUUGUCUAGACUGAAAUCCUAAUUUCAGGAGUAGAGUAACAAUAAUACAGGUAAUAGCUGUUGAAUAUGGAACCAGUGUCGAUUCUGAAUCUUAUAACAUAUUAUUUGCCAGCAAGUCCAGUGAAUACAGUAGGAUUUCCUUUUCUAUGAAGCAUUCAGAAAAUUUACUUUACAGUCACAAUCUUAUUCGGAGCUAAAACAUAGACUAAACAACAUUUUUUUACUGUUACCAAUUAGCUUUACCCACAUUUAGUUCUUCUGACUCAGAUACAGAUAGGUCUCCCCUUCAUCUCUGAGUUACUACUUUAGCAUUGCUAGCCUCAAAUAUUAGUUUUUUCCUGUUGAAAUCAAGAAGAUGGUAAAAGCUUUAUGAAUGACUGGUCUUAACAAUUACCUUCCUUAUGAGUAACUUAUUUCGUGAAAAUUAAAUUGCGAAAGCUCUGUGUCUCAUAAUGUAUUUAUUGGGAUUAAAUUCAUUAUUUUCUUUUGCGAUCAAUCAAAAUUUAGUCUGGCUUGAAUUAUGUUGCCUUGAAUCGUAAAGCUGAACUGUGUAUCUGAAGAUUGCAGUUCACAAUAAGAGUGCCAAUACAAUCAACAUUACAGAAGUGCAAACACUUGCUCUCUAAGUUAAUGGAUCAUUUGAAGGCAAAUAUGAUUUGAGGCUCCUUCAGGAAUUCUGAGCUGCAUAAAAAGGAGAAAGUUGCUUGUGUGGUUUGGUGGGCAGGAUGAAAGAGUUUAUUUAAAUAGUGUUGUGAAUAUUUACAUGAAUAUAACUCUUUCGUUGUUUGCUUUGCCAAAUAUGAUGAAUCCUUCAAAGUUGUGUAACUAACUAAACGCUAUUACAAUAUAAGACUGUAUUUCUAUAGUUGUUACUUUUCAUGUAAUUAAUCCCUAAUAAAAUGGAUAAAUCCUAUUGUUUCCAUA